AUGCAUGCCAUCCGCCACUCCGCCGACGAUGACCCUCUUGCAGCCGCCCUCGCCCCGCCCCCCGGCGAAUCUCCCAUCGACCGCGCUGCCCGCCUCGCCCGCGAGUCAGACGCAAGGCGCGUCAACGACGAGAUUGAGGAGACCAUCAAGCUUGACCGUCUCGCCUGGAAGCGCAACAAAGCCAUGUUCAAGCUCCUCCUCCUCGGCCAGAGCGAGUCCGGCAAAUCUACCACGCUCAAGAACUUCCAGCUCGCGUUCGCUCCCAAAGCAUGGCAUGCCGAACGCACCUCCUGGCGAGCCGUCAUCCAGCUCAACCUCGUCCGUUCCAUCAACCAGAUCAUCGACCUCCUCUCUCAGAACAUGACCAAGUCCCCUACCGGUCCCACUUCGCCCUCCGCCACUCCCUUCAGCCGUCCACCCAACGAUAUUGUCCCCGAUCCCUCCUUCUCACCUGACGGCCCUCCGUUACACUUCACCCCUAACCACUCCUUGCUCAAGCUGAGAUUGGCCCCCCUCCGCCAGGUCGAGGCCGACCUCAAGAUGCUUAUUGGUGCUGCGACAGACGAGCUCGAUGACAUCCCCGGCUCCCCCCUCGGUCAGGCCAACGACACUCUCGCCGCAGCCCCCUUCGAUCCCGCUGCUUCAGGCACUGCGCGCCGGCGACCCGCUGAAUACUACGUGCGCGCCAACGCCGCAUGGCGCGACGUCCUCAAGUCCGCUUCCGGUCGCCGAGGGGAGGAGUCUGGAACGGAGCGUACGGGGCUGCCUACGGAACGCUUGGAGUCCGCGAAGGAGAUCAUCGCGAGUUGCGCGGAGGACAUGCUAGCUCUCUGGGCGGACUGCGCCGUCCGAGAGCUUUUGCGGCGGCGGCGAAUCAAGAUGGAGCUCGCCCCUGGCUUUUUCCUCGAUGACAUUGCGCGGAUAGCCCAGCGCGACUAUGAGCCGACGGACGGGGACAUCGUGCGCGCGCGCUUGCGCACCGUCGGCGUCCAAGAGUACAAGCUUACGAUGGAAAAGUACGGUGCGUCCCGCGCCCCGACGACGGAGGUUGGGCGGGAUUGGAUGAUUUACGACGUCGGCGGGUCCCGGACUGCGCGCGCGGCGUGGUACCCGUUCUUUGAUGACGCGAACGCGAUCCUCUUCCUCGCGCCCAUCUCGUGCUUCGACGAGCUCCUCGCCGAGGACCGGCGUGUGAACCGCCUCGAGGAUUCCUUCCUGCUCUGGAGGGGCAUCAUCCAGUCCAAGCUGCUCGCUAAGUGCAUCAUCAUCCUCUUCCUGAACAAGUUCGACCUGCUCGAGAAGAAGAUUAACGCGGGUGUCAAGGUGAACAAGUACCUGCCGAGCUUUGGCGAGCGCGAGAACGACGCGCAGGUCCUCGCCCGCUAUCUGCACAACAAGUUCCGCGACCAGAACCGGGAGUACUCCCCACAGCCGAACCGGCCCUUCUACGGCUACGUCACGACGUGUAUCGACACCAAGGGCACGGCGGCGACGCUUGCGUCCAUGCGCGACGGUGUCCUACGGCACAAUCUACGCCGCGCCGACUUUGUAUAG